UGUCUGCCUAUUCCCCCCUUCCCUCUCUCUCUAUAGACAGACAUCCCCGCACCGAGAAGAGAGGCGCGCGCCCCACUUUGUUCCGCGCCGCGACGCGCACUUCCCGCCUUUGCCGUCCUCGCGCCGGCACGCGCGCGCGCACGAACGCACGAACGCUCGCGUCGCGUCGCGGAGCUCGAGGCGUGUUCCCGCGGCAAUGGCGCACGACGGGUUCCUCGGUGGUGGUGGCGGAAGCUUCCACGCGAUGGCGGCGUGGCCGCUGCCGUUCGACGCCGCGGCCGCGCUGCACGGGGGAGGGUGGGACAGCGACCCGGCGCUCGGCGAGCUCGUGCCAUCGCCGGUGGGGGUGGGGGUCGGGGGCGGGGUGCACAAGGCCGCGCUGAUGGACGAGCUGGCGAGCAGGCUCGGCGGCGUGUGCGGCGGCGGGCUCGGGGGCGGCGGGGUGCCGUCGCCGCCGUCGUCGUCGCGGUACGCGUCGUGCUACAGCACGCCGGUGGGCUCGCCGUGCAAGCCCGCGCCGGCGCCGCCUGUGCCUUCCCUGCUCGCCGCGGCGGACGCCAUGAUCGCCGAGCGCGCCGCGCGGAUGUCGUGCCUGGCGGCUGCCGGACACGGCGGCGGGAAGCUCUCACGCGCGGCGAGCAGCCAGUCCCUCCUCGCGGAGACGGCGGCGGCCGGUGGCGUCCACCAGCUACCGGCGAGCGACGGGUCGAGCAGCGACGCUCCUUGUCGGAAGCGGAAGGCGCCGUGCGCCAAGGCUAGAGGCAAGGACGCAGCGACGACCAUUGCCAAGUCGCCGGAGCCGGGGACGAAGGCGAAGAAAUGCAAGCUGUCCGCGGACGCCGCCGGAGACGAGGACACGAAGCCGGUCGCCGGCGACGCGGGACACGGCGGCAAUGGCAAGGGAAAGGUCCUCGACGCCGCCGGCGAGCCACCCAAGGACUACAUCCACGUGCGCGCUCGCCGCGGCCAGGCCACCGACAGCCACAGCCUCGCCGAGCGGGUGAGGAGAGAAAAGAUCAGCGAGCGCAUGAAGCUGCUUCAAGACCUCGUUCCUGGCUGCAACAAGGUGACAGGCAAGGCAGUGAUGCUUGACGAGAUCAUAAACUACGUCCAGUCGUUGCAACGGCAAGUGGAGUUCCUAUCAAUGAAGCUUUCCACCGUCAACCCGCAGCUGGAUUUCGACGUCGACAACUUCAUCCCAAAAGAUCAGGCUAGUGAUCCCAUCAUGCCCGCGCCGUUGUCGCUGCCACCGCCACCGCCACCGCUAUCCUACUCACCGGAGGGCGCAAGCCCGGGGAUCUGCUACGCGUCGUCGCAAGGGACAGCAAUGCAGAGCGUGGUGACAAGCACCAAACACUUAGAAACGGCGCCAACAUUUGCAAACCACCAUGUCAUCCCAGUUCCCUCACUUGAUGGGUUUCACAGUGCUCAUUCUCAGGCAGGGAGCUGCAUGUGGGAGGAUGACCUGCAGAGCGUGGUUCAGAUGGGGUUCAGGGGCAAUACAUGAUAGAUUAGAUAGAUAGAUAAACAGAUGAGAGCCCCCAAUCAUGGCCAUGGUCUCUGAAUUGAUUCGGGGACAAAUCAGUUUCACCAAUCAAAGCCAGGAGACGGUCACCCGGGGAGGCAUGUCGGGUGCUUGGAACACUUAACACGAGGGGGUUGGGUUUGAGCUACCUCCAACCCAAUCAUUGGAUCAUCCCUCCAUGAUUGUACAUACAACCCCCCCACCUUCAAUGUGGGGGAAGAAAAUGGAAGAAGGAGAAGGGAUAAAAUGCCCUACUUGCCCAUUGCCUCAGCUCAAAGAUUUGUACCACGGCGAGGCCGAGGCGGAGGCGGAGGCGAAGGCAAAGGCGAAGACGAAAAAAGAAAAAGAUUUAGUUUUCUUCAUUUGCUCUUAGGAAUUUUCAUCCAUCUCACAAAGGAUGCAAUAUGUAAUGUUGCAGUGGAAUGUAAUUGUUUCUAGACUUCAACUUGGGAUUUGAAUAUAAUUAUGAGAGAAGUUUCUUGCA